GCAUCUUAAUAAAAGAGACGGAUAGGCUGUCACUGCAACAGACAUUGUCCAGUAAUUAACCUCGUGGCCGCAGCCUCUCCCCUGGCGGCCAUUGGAGGCGGAGCCUGCGGGGAUGCUGGGAGCUGUGCUGGCGCCGUAGAUCGGCGCAGGGCUGGGUGGACCUACCCCGCUGACGCUGGUCCUGGUUCAUGGAAACAAGAGGGGCGUGUACAAGUAAGGUUCGGAGAAGUCACUUCAGGCUGUGGAGCUCGAUCUAGCGAUGAAAUGGCUUCUGCCUGCACUUGCGGUAGAAUUCCACAGCAAACACGGGGCUGACUCGGGCCCUGACAUUGCCUGACUCUCUGCCUGGGGAGGGCAGGACAGGGAAGAGAGUUUGCCUUUGGCGAGCAGGGAGGCUGUGCAGACCAUGAAGACACUGAGUCAGAGUCAUAAGGCAGAAGGUUUGCCUUCUAAUGAUACUGACCGGCUCCAGAAAACGGAGGGAAAGCCCGAAAUACUGGUACCAGUUACAUUCAGGGACGUGGCUGUGGUCUUCACACAGGCAGAAUGGAAGCUCCUGAGCUCUGAGCAGAGGAUCCUGUACAAAGAAGUGAUGCUGGAGAAUUACAGGAACCUGCUUUCGUUGGAAUCAAAGCCAGAAACAGAUUCCUGUUCCUCUUGCCUUCUGGCCUUCUCCCAUCAGCCUCUCCUCAGCCAACAUGUGCUUCCGAUCUUCUUGGACUUACGGGACUUCCCUCCAGGGGAUUCUGGCCCAGGGCAUCAGGGGCAGAAAUGUUCUUCUCAAAGCUGCUGGAGUGAAAACACAAAAGGUCGAGAGAGAGAAGGUGGCUUCAGAUCCUUGUCUGUGAGGACAGAGGAGAGAGAAACCUCAGGCGCUGUUCCCAGCCCACCCCGAAGACAAUCAGCAAGUCCUAGAGAAGGCAACACAGUGGUAGAAAUAGAGCCCAAGCCAGCCCAGAGGCUACGCCCUGUGCAAACAGACAGAGGAGCGGAGUUAGGAACCCUGAGAUCCGGAGUAGGCAGCUGUAACAAGCAUGAACUGGACUGUAGUCUGAAAUCAGACUUUGCUGUAAACCAGGUGACCCUCUCAGAAGAGAAGCCCUAUGUUUGCAGGGAGUGUGGGCGAGGCUUUAACAAUAAGUCAAACCUCAACAGACACCAUCGGACGCACUCAAUGGAGAAGCCUUAUGUGUGUGGCGACUGUGGCCGAGGCUUUAGCCUGAUGGCGAUCCUUGUUCAUCACCAGAGGACACACUCAGGAGAGAAGCCGUAUGUGUGCAAGGAGUGUGGGCGAGGCUUUAGCAAGAAGUCCAAUCUGAACAGACACACAGAAACCCAUUCAGAAGAGAAGCCUUAUUUGUGCAGGGAGUGUGGGCAGAGCUUUAGAAAUAAUUCAGUCCUCAUUAGACAUCAGUGGAUUCAUUCUGGGGAGAAGCCCUAUGUGUGCCCGGAGUGUGGACGGGGAUUUGCUUACAAGUCCACCCUCAGAAAACACCAGAGGACUCAUUCAGGAGAGAAGCCCUAUAUAUGCCAGGAGUGUGGGCAUGGCUUCAGUGAGAAGUCAUCUUUCAUCAGACACCAGAGGACACACUCAGGGGAGAAACCCUUUGUGUGCCUGGAGUGUGGACGAGGAUUUGGUGAUAAGUCAACCCUCAGAAAACACCAGAGGACACACUCGGGAGAGAAGCCUUACAGGUGCAGUGAGUGUGGCCGAAGCUUUACCCAGAAGUCAUUCCUCCUUAUUCACCAAGGGACACACUCAGGAGAGAAGCAUGUUUGCAGGGAGUGUGGGCGAAGCUUUAGCUACAAGUCAAAUCUCAUCAGACACCAGAAGACACACUCAGACGUGAAGCCUUAUAUGUGUAGGGAGUGUGGGCGAGGCUUUUUCUAUAAGUCGGACCUCAUCAUACAUGAAAGGACGCACUCCGGGGAGAAGCCUUACGUGUGCAGUGAGUGUGGUCGAAGCUUUAGCCAGAAGUCAUUCCUCGUUAUUCACCAGGGGACACACUCAGGGAAGAAGCAUGUUUGCGGGGACUGUGGGCGAAGCUUUAGCUACAGGUCAAACCUCAUCACACACCAGAGGAAGCACUUGGCGAAAAGCAUGUUUCCAGGGAUCACGGACAAGACCCAGCAAUCAGUCAAAUCCCAUCUUACACCAGAGAGACACCUGGGGUCUGUGUGUGUGGAGUGAGGGUACCUUCAGGGAUGUGUUGACUCUCCUCAGGCACUGAGGACACAUUCAGCAGAGGAGCCUAAGUGUGGGUAACUCUAGCCACACUUAAGUGGGAGGCGUUGUGUGUGCGGGGACUGUGGAUGAGGCGGUAGCCAUAAGUCAAUGUUUAUCGAAUAUCCAAUGGCAGGGAGGCAGGCAGGCACAAGGUGGCACACUCAGAGAGGAGCAGCGUGUUCGUAGGGACUGUGGGCAAAACCCUUGUGAUCAGCCAGCCUUCUUCUCAUGCCAUAGAGAGAUCCUUGUGUGGGGGUACGUGGAGCUCUGUCCAGAUAACCUCAUCAGGACCAACACCCCUGCAGCUCCGGAUAACGGCUGCUGAUGCUGCAGAGGUGAAGUCUUUUCUAGGACCUGCUCUCAGCCACAGGGAACUGCACCUUCCUAAGGGCUGGCUCCUGGCCAAUGGUUGACUGCUAUGGGGAGACAAAACCUCCACCCUGGACUCAGUUGUGUCCAAAGGGUCAUCCUGGAUCGAGAGAUGCCCAUCAGAUCUCAGUUGUGAACACAUUGCAGGUCAGCUUCUUCCUCUGCCCAGUCCAGCCCUCAUUCACCAAUAAACCACUUAAUUCUCCAUCUCCCUGUCUCUCCAGGGACUCCACUCUAAGACAUCUUAAGUGUACAAGGAGCGUGGACGUGGUUGUGGCCAUAGUCACCCCUCACAAACCUCAGCGUUUGCAUAGAAACUGUGUGUGUGGGCAGAACGGGCAUGGAUUUAGGAAAAGUGCAUCUCAGGAUGCAUCAGAGAACAGCUGUAUUGUGGGAAGCUUUAUAUAGGCGGGGAAGGAGUCUGUAAGAUGCUUGAGCAAUCAGUUAUAUUAGUUACACUUCGUCUUGCACCAGAGGUCACUCUGAGAGAAGAUCUGUGUGGGCAGGGUUUGUGGGUGAAGCCUUAUCCGGAUGCUCCUCCUCAACAGACUAAGAGGACAUUCUUGACACCACAAACCACUACCUCACCUUUGAAGGGGUUUCACAAGUCUUGACUGCCGCCCCCCUUCUCUGUAUGAGAGUGAAGAUGGCACUAGUCACUAAAUAGACAUAGUUUUCGUAAUCAGAUGGAGUAAAAAAGUAAAGAGUUUUACUUAACUUAAGAAUGACAACUUGCUUUAUUUUCAUACACCAGUUCCUUCCCACGUUUUGUCCUUUUGUUAUAGUAAAAUGAUAAGCUCAAGCGGCACACCUCAGUCUCUCAUCCAUCUGGAAAGGAAUUCACAUUCGCAGCCUAGAUUUCCUGCAUGAGUUCAACCCUUGAGAAAAAAUAAGUCCAAAUAAAUCUGAGGUUAUCUGAGCCUUUCGUGGGGAGGAUGAUCGGGGUUCUGGAAACAUGCCAGCCGAGGGGAGAACUUCCCAGGUCUCCAAGGCCUGGAUUGCCUCUUCUAACUGAUCACUCCCUUUGGCUUUUGUGAAGGCUCCCUUCCCUGGGUUUUCUCCUUUCUGAUCUCUACUCGGGUCUCUGCUGAGCCCUUCU